UUAGUUUAGGAGGCAUAGAGAACAGACAAUCAAGUUUCUACAGAAAUCAUCCUCAGGUGGCUUACUUACUAUAAGUCUUGGAAUACUGGUUUCUAGACUGAAGGAGUCACUGGGCUUUUCUGUAGUUUUUUUUUUUUAAUCCAUGUUUUGGUUUGUUUUUUUCCACUUACAUUGUCAGCUGUACCAUAAUUGAUUACAACUGAGGCUUCAGUUCCUUAAUUGUGAUGGUGAAAAAUAUUCCCGUAGGCUAGAUAGCACUGAAGAAUUGAGGGCCUAUUUCCAAAUGUGGAUGCUAAAAUUAUGGCACCCAGUUCGGCAUUGAGGUGACUGUGUAUCAGCUCAAGUGCUCCCGUGCAAAACUGGUACCCAGCAUACAUGUGCAACAUUGAAAAUCAAGCUCCCUGAUUCUAACGGUUGCUUUUUCCACUCUUUUCCUCUCAGCUCAAGAUGGCUUUUGUGUCCACACUGAACAGGAAGAUCAAGAACUCUCAUUUGCAGAAUGGCAUAGAUACGGAAAAUCAGGAAACCAAAACCAACUACACAUGGCUUCCUCCCAACUUGCCCAGUAAGUGCACAUGGAAGCCAGGGAAGCCCAUCUCUGAGUCGCCGCAUUCCCACAUGCCCUUGCCGGAAGAAACAAACAUCCUGCCGAAUAUUCUGAAGAAAGUUGGCCGCACCCCUCUGGUUCGAAUCAACAAGAUUGGGAAAGCCUAUGGACUGAAGUGUGAGCUCUUGGCAAAGUGCGAGUACUUCAAUGCUGGGGGGAGCGUGAAGGAUCGAAUCGCCCUGAGGAUGGUGGAGGAUGCCGAAAGAGCUGGGAUCAUAAAACCUGGAGAUACACUCAUUGAGCCAACAUCAGGAAACACAGGAAUCGGGUUGGCCCUGGUUGCUGCAGUGAAAGGCUACCGCAGCAUCAUUGUGUUGCCAGAGAAAAUGAGCAUGGAGAAGGUUGAUAUACUAAAGGCUCUUGGUUCUGAGAUUGUUAGGACUCCAGGCACCAAGUUUGAUUCCCCUGAGUCUAAUGUUUCUGUUGCUCAGAGGCUGAGAUAUGAAAUCCCGAACUCCCAUAUUCUGGACCAGUACCGAAAUCCCGGCAACCCGAUGGCUCAUUAUGACACCACCGCUGAGGAGAUCCUGGAGCAGUGCGAAGGCAAGGUCCACAUGGUCGUGGGUGGAGCUGGCACAGGAGGUACUAUCACUGGCAUUGGCAGAAAGCUGAAGGAGAAGUGCCCGGAAUGCAAAAUUGUUUGUGUAGAUCCCGAAGGCUCCAUUGUCGCUCUGCCCAGUGAGCUGAACACAACAGAGGACACAACCAUGGAAGUAGAGGGGAUUGGACAUGACUUUAUCCCAACUGUCCUUGACAGAUCAGUGGUGGAUUUGUGGUGCAAGUCCAAUGAUGCGGAUUCCUUUCUCAUGGCUCGCAGGCUGAUUAGAGAGGAAGGAUUAUUGUGUGGUGGCAGCUCCGGCAGUGCAAUGGCCAUUGCUGUGAAGGCUGCCAGGAAUCUGACGGAGGGUCAGCGCUGUGUUGUCAUCUUGCCCGACUCCGUCAGGAACUACAUGUCCAAGUUCUUGAAUGAUAGGUGGAUGGGCAAGAAUGGAUUUCUAAAAAAUAUCCAGGAACAUAAGCCUUGGUGGUGGAAUGUCAAGGUGCGGAAGCUGAAUCUCUUGGCCCCUCUCCUUCUUGUCCCAGAGGUCAACUGUCAAAAGGCAAUCGAAAUCCUCAAGGAGAAGGGCUAUGCCCAGGCACCAGUGGUUGCUGAAUCUGGUCACAUUUUGGGAAUGGUGACUCCCAGUAACAUCCUCUCCUCAUUGCUGGCUGGAAAUGCUCAGUUCUCGGACCCAGUCAUCAAGGUCAUCAAUGACCAGUUUUCAAAGAUUAGCCUGGAUGACAACCUUGGAAACCUCUCUAAUAUCCUGGAGAAUGAUCAUUUUGCUAUAGUUGUACAUGAACAGUUGCAAUACAUUGGAGAUGGCAGUUACACCAAGAAACAAAUGGUGUUUGGAGUGGUGGCGGCCCUGGAUCUCCUGAACUUCAUUACCCGAAAGGACAAGAGCCAGCAACAAAAAGUUGCUUCACCAAGAGGCUCUGUUGCCUCAGAUGAAUCUGAAAUAAGCCACUGACAAUUUUUCAAAAUGACAAGGCUAAGAUUUUAAUUGACUAAUCCUUGGUCCCAUAUGUUUGAUUGCGUCCGAAAUUACAUCAAAGGAAUAUGUGGAUCAGGAUAAUCUGACUAAAGAACAAGUUUAAUUAAAAUAAGCAGUUAUACUGAGAUAACAUUACAGCACAACAUUGGGGGGGAUGGUGAGGGGGUUAAUAUAUGGGUCUUAUUGCACAGAUUUUAUAAGACUUGUCUCUUGCUGUUUUCAUGGUUAAUUAACACCUUCUCGCACUUCCUGAGAUGCAUGAUUAUGGCUGGGGCUGGAGCUCUAGCCUUCUCCCAGAUUUCACCCCUGGCUGGGGGAAACCCCUGCUGAUUGGUUGCCUUUCCCAAUCGCCACCCUUCUGAGGAAGAGCAGCCAAUCAGAGCUACUGCAAGCAGAAUUUCUCUUUCCCUCCCCUCAGGGGCAGAUCCCGUUCUUACAGGAGGGGAGAAGGGAGCAUGCAGGACCCAGCAGGUUAGGGCAGCUCUGCUUCCUUUCACUCCAGUGAACAAUGGGAUGGCUCCUCUGCUCCUCCCCCAUCUGCCCUCCAUCCCUGCUACACCUGGCUUGGGAAGGAGAAGCGGUGACCCUGCAGCAGCCCCCACACCAGGGCCUGGGAGAGAGGAGUGAAGACUCUCAGGAGCUGUAGAAAGAGCAGAGAAAAAAUGAAGCCUGAACACUUGCUUUGCCUGUUGCUGAGCUGCUUUUCGCUACCCGAAGCUGCCUGUAAACCCUUGAAACCAGACUGCACUCUUGUCAAAUGUAGCCCAUGCCCUGACCAACACGCAGUGGUGACUUCGGCGAAUACCUGCUGUGCUCCAUGUGCUCCUGCAUGUUCCUGUCCAGAUUACCAGCAAUUUGAAUGCACCAUGCAAGGCUACAAGGAUGGAAACGUCCCUGUGGGGAAAUCUUUCCACAUAGACUUUGCCACCCAACUCUGCACCUGUGUUUCUACAGGGAAUAUCUCCUGCACUUCAGUUUGUCCCACUGUUUCACCUACGUGCAAGGAGACCGGAAGCCCUCCUGAUGGCUGUCCCCAGUGUGUAUGUCCCAUUGACAAUGACAGAAUCGUAAUUGCUGGCAGCACCAUCCCCAGGGACAGUGAGAUUUGUGUAUGUCCCCCUGAAGGAGGCAAACUACUCUGCACCCCAACCACACCUCAGCCCACUACUGUCUAACAAUGAAUAGGCUCUGUUCUCCAAGUAAGCUAAGUAUUGCAGGAGGGCAAAGCUUUUUGUUAUUAGACUAUAAGAGAACUUCCAAAAUAUCUUUGGGCACCCUUAUGGAAAAUCCUAUAGAAUGUACAAGAAAAUAAUGAUUAUUUUGCUAUUGGUGUUUGAAACUGUCCUAUAAAAUGGAAUAGUGAAUUAUAGUCUUGCUGUGGAAUUACAUAGGGCUAAAAAAGAAAACAAAACUAUACAAAGGCAUGCCAUUCUCUAUUAAAUCUUGAAACCAGCUCCAAACAUUUAUAGUAAGGUUAUUAUUUUCUGUUAUGACCUAUAGGCAUUCUCCGUGAUGGUGUCCAGGAAAGUUUGAGUGACUACUGAUAGAACAUAAAUGUAAGAAAAAAAAAUGCAACUAUUUAUAUAUUUAUAAGAUGACUAAACUUGUGUGUGUAUGGACGGGUGGAUGGAUAGCAAUGCUUUUCAUUAAGACACAUUCCAAGCCUGUUUUCAGUUGCUUAACUUUGGCAAACUUUAACCAUUUGGGUUAAAAUUUUCUAGACCAGCUGUCAGCCUCAGGCCUCAUAUAAUUUUUAAUCUUCAGCAUAAAAGUUUCAGCCCAGUCUCAAAAUGAGAUGAAGGGCAAACGGUGUAUUUUUCCAUGUUAGAAAUCAUCUUAUAAUGGUCUGAGAAGCUCGCGCACCUCCAUACUUUGGAGCAUGGGGUUGCCAUUUGGCAGAGGGAUCACCCUGAUGUAAGAGCUGUGCCUUUUGCCUUCUUCCAUGAAAAUCUGCUCCAAUCUGGCCAAGUUAUGAGCCUCUGACAAUCUCAGUUUGCAGAUGAUAGUUAGAUUCUUUGAAGAUUUCGUCUGUGAUGAGCACGCUUCAGCGUGGUCUGCAGGUGCUCUCUGAAAUUGCUGCUCCAAGGCUGUGGUUCCAGGGACCAGGAGUGAGACCAGGGACAGUUUCUUGUACCAUAGGGAAGCUGAACUAAGGGUCAUGGGUAACCUUCGUUCUGUCAUUUCCCAGUGCUUGAUGGUGCCACCUUAUCAUUCUUUGUGUUUUCUAUAUAAAUUUCCCUUCGUUUGCCCUGUGCCCAUGUACAGAAAUAAAGUAUCAGUUUCCAUCCAUUACUGUAUACCUCAUAGCAACACAAAUGACUGUCGGGUCUGCUGCAGCAAGCUUACUACAAGAAAUAUCUCUCCAAAUACGAGCACAGUUAUCCUCCGUCCUCCUCUGCCCCACUUCCAA